AUGGCUAAUGACGACGAUCGUAGUGUGAAGCCUUUGAGGCGCACGUUAUUGGUUACAUACCCCCGCACGGCAUCGAACCUAGUGCUUAAAAUGCUUUCGCUGGAUGACCAGGAAAAAGUGGUCUCUAAUGAGAAAGGCGGGUACUUCUUCUGGGACUCAUAUAUGGCGGAACGGUCAACAAGGUGCAUCUAUAAACCAGUCCUGGACUGGGCUCCAGAAGAAACAGAAGAAAUCCAGCAUGUUCUACAACGAAUUACCAAUGAAUUAGAACAGAAAUCACGAUUUGCCGAGUCCCAGGGCCGGUUAUUCUUCGCGAAGGAGCACGUUCAGUGGUUCACGGAUCCAGCUGCCAUUGGCAACUAUAUCUCGGGUCAUUGCAGUCCAACAGCCUCUCCAGUGAAUAUCCAUAUCCCGAUCUCAUACGGACCAGUACGGGAGUUCUCACCUAACAACCUUACGGUGUUUCCGGAUCAGUACCUAGAGACUUGGAGGCUCACCUUCUUAAUCCGCCAUCCCGCCCUAGCGUUUCCGUCUCUCUACCGAGCUAUGAGGGAGUUAGAAAAAGAAGAAUUCACAGAAGCCCAUGAGCUACAGCCUUUGAUGGAAAUACAUGCUACUCUGAAAUGGACCAGACAACUGUACGAUUGGUGUUGCAAGCAUCAAGCGGACUCCCACGAUGGGUAUAGCGGAGAUGAUCACUAUCCUUUGGUGUUGGAUGCACAAGACGUUAUUCAUAACCCUAGCGUUAUCCGUAGGUAUUGCAAACUUAUUGGGAUGGAUCCGGCCUAUGUUAAAUAUGACUGGAGCGCUGCGAGUUCAAAAAAAACCAACGGCGAGUCAGAGGGCAUCGGCCGCAAACACCCGGAAACAAUCAUGAAGUUUACGCUUGAUAAUUCCCUCCACAUAAUAAAGGAGAAGACACCUCCUUUCGUUGAUAUCGCGCUGGAGAGGAAAGCAUGGGAUGCCGAAUUUGGAGAAGUGAUCGGUAAACAGAUGGAAGGAUGGGUAAUGGAAGCCAUGCCAGACUAUGAUUACCUUAAGUCUAGAAGGUUACAAGUAAAGAAUACAUAG